AUGUUCUGGUACUUAUUAUCAACUUAUCUUAUUUUGUGUAAAGAAACCCAAAGGGCAAUUGUGGAAAACAGGGAUACUAUCCAGUACGUUUCCGUCGAUGUUUCCGCCUCUGAGCGCCCAUCAGCUACGGCGAACAAAGCCCCAAAGGCAACUGCGGACCACAAGGAUGUCAUCGAGGAAGUUUCUGUCGAAGUAUCUGUCUCCGAGGACUCAUCAGCUACAACGAACAAUUCCGACCAAAGUAGAUCGGAUUCGGAUGCGUCAGAUUCGGACUCAUCGGAUUCGGACUCAUCAGACUCGGACUCAUCGGAUUCGGACUCAUUGGACUUGGACACAUCAGAUAACCCGCCAUUUACCUGGAGCAGUUCCAGCAGUGUAAGCUCCAGCACGAGUGAAGACGAAGACUCUAAUGACGUUGAAAAUGAUGCUAAUGAUGAGGUAGAUGAUUACAGUUCGUUCUGGGAUGACAUGUCCCCUACGCACGAGAAACGAGCCAGCGACGAAGAAACCAAGGAAGAAACUGGCAAAGAUUCUGCGUCUGGGCAGCUGAAACGAGAGCUGGAUGCUGUUCAACCACCUGAAGAGUUAUUGGAUGGCAAAGUUAUAGUCGAUUGCACUUUGAAGAAUUCUGGAACCUCGCCUAUCCCAGAGUUGCAUGUCUCAAGUCUGGCCAAAGCAGACAACGACACACAGCCCGAAACGCACCCAUCCUUAAAGACUCAACUGACGCCCGAGGCAGUGACCCUCGACAAAGGUAAGUAUCUAGUUUGA